AAACGAUUUGCGUAGACAAAAUGGCGGCAAUGGGACACAUUUGGUUUUUCUGUCCUCUGUGGAAUUUAAUUAACUUAUUAUAAACAUGGCACUUGGAACACUGCGGACAAGAAAGCAUUUCCUAUUCUGGCGUACAAUCAGUCAACUUGCCUCUGUGAAUCACAUUGUAACAAUGUCCUCUCCUCCAUACUUUGAGGAUAAGUGUAAUAAGAUUGGUGCUGUUGUCACCAGAACAGGAACAGAAUCAAGUAGAAGCCCAGUUGUUGCUCUUCUUGGCUGGAAUAGUGCACAAGAUAAGCAUCUGGCUAAAUACAGCGAAAUAUUUGAAGAAAAAGGCUUUGACACCAUCAGGAUUCCGGCAAACCCAUACAACACUUUCUUGCGAUUAAACAGAGUCAAAGAGAUCAGUCUGGAACUUUUGGAAAUACUAGAGGAAAUGAAUUCAAAUAAAAACAGGCCAUUUAUACUUUAUGCCUUCAGUAUGGGAGGGUUCAAUGUUGGCCACUUUAUUAGACAAGCAAUAUCUAUCCCAGGGCAGAGGCAUUUUAAAUCCAUCAAUAUCAUUGGUUGCAUAUUUGAUAGUUGCCCCCAUUUUCCUGGUUGGCAUAGUCUAAAGGGUAUACAGUCCACAAUUUUAGAAACCAUACCAAAUCCUCUGAUUAAGGCUGCUGUGUGGGUGGGCUUAGGACUGGUAUGUCCACCAGUUUUUUUGUUCUCUUUGGAAUUAAAACAGCUUAUACCAGACUCCAUAUCCUACCCCUUUGGUUGUCCUGAGUUGUUCCUUUUCUGUAGCACUGAUCCUUUAGUUCCUGAGAGAGAUGUUUGGGUUUUCAUUGAGGCACACAAAAAGAAAGGUAUUAAGGUUUUUGAAAAGUGCUGGGAAGUGUCAGGUCAUGUGCAACAUUAUAGGAAUUAUCCUGAGGAAUACUUGAGCAAAGUCAAUACCUUUACUGACUAUUGUAUGAAACAGUAUUUCACCUCAGGAAUUUCUAAGCUAUAAUAAGCCUUACAAUACAGGCUUUUGAAUCUGUUUACUACAAACUUGAUAUAAAUAAUACUAUGCAUUCAUAUCAAAUUUCUUGUAUCUUGCAAAUUGAAAGUAAUGUAAGGACAUAUUAUGACUUUUUAGAACUGUUUUAAAAGAAAUUUUGACCUUAGCAGUUGUAAGUAACUUGCAGCAUUUUGAGGUGGGGCUUUGACAACUCAAUUUGCAGCUUAAGUGGCUGAUUCAGUGAUCUGUGUUCAGCCCUCAUGUAGAGAGUUGUAAAUUAUUUUACUCAGUUUUUGAGGCCUUAGUUAAAUGCAGGAAAAAAUUUUGCUUUAACUGUCUGUUUUUUUUGUGGGAAGCUGAUGUUUUCUUUGUGUCAGAACUUAGGAAAACAUUUUUCUUUUCAGCUUACCCAUCUCCUUGGUAUCCACAUCACCCCACACUACCACACAGGAGAUGCUUUGACACUCCAACCCCCCCUCCCCUUCCCAUCCUUGGAAAAAGAGGAACAUUCAUAGAGGAUACAGAAAGGUUUUUAGCUGCUAGGUAUAUUUCAGUUAUAAGUAUCUAUGAUUAAAAUUUGUAUAGGUAAUUAAAUAUUGAUGAGAUAAUUAAAAACUUAUACCAUAUGAUGAUUUUACCUAUUGUUAAAAAUAAAGGAAAAGUGAAAGAGUUGCAAGGAAAUCUUGGUCAAAACCUUAUUUUAGGUUUCACGUUAGAAUAGAUUCAUGUUAUAUUUGCUACAUUGUAUU